ACUAAAGUAUUGACGAGGGACCAUGAAACAGGAGACAGCAAGAACUGAGAGGAGAGAGUUGCCGUCCCCUUCCUUUCAGAUCUCCCGGUAGUGAUGUUGCUUGCAGUGAUGCUCCAGGAACAGGCACCUGCUGCCCUGUAAUGAUUCAGCCUCUUUCUGCUGGCACUUUUUCACAACAGGAUGCUGUUGCUACUGUCACUGCUCCUGCCACCGCCGUCGGCACUGCUGCUGCUGCUGCUGCUUCCACCCUUCUUACUGGUUUUCCUUUUGCUUCUGCUGCAUGAAGGCUGUUUUUUCCUCCAUUUAGGCAGCCACCAGCCUCAUAUGAUCAAGGUGAGAAGCCAGCCGUCUCCUCUGGGCUGUUGGUUCACUUAAAACAAUUUGUUAUAAGGUUGCUGCGUUUUAUCUGGGUCCCAUCUUUUCACCUCCCUGAAGAAUCCAAGUGGUUUGAGACUCACUGAAGGGAUUAUAAGCAAAAUUAUUAAAAAGUGAAGCAGGAAAGAAGCUGAAUCAUUCUGAGGUGAUUUUGCGACUCCUUUUUUUUAAGGGUUCGAGAGGAUGGGUUUUUUCCUCUUUCCUUCCCUCCUUUACUUGAAUCACGUUCAGACUCUUCGACUUUUUUUCUGACUCUUGUACUAUGACGCUGUCAGAUUUGUGUGAAUGUUUUCUCUCUUCUGGCUCGCUUGCCUGGUAAAAAGAUGGACUAGGAUAGAGUUUAAGGCCUUCUAAAGGAGCGCUUGGUUGUAAUAUAUCUAUAUGUGAUUAAAUAUGUCGGAAGCCACUCUGGAGGCUUUUCCCAACCCCUCGAUGCAGCUGAGCCCCACUGCAUCACUCGAGGGGCUCCCAGCUGAGGAGGACGUACCAGAGGCUCAAGCGGAGGAGACGAGGGUGCAAGGAAUAGUAGGCCUGGCUGCGACUUGCUGUGUCUGCCUGGAAGCAGAGCAACUGAAAAGCUGUCUGAACUCUGAAAAAAUCUGCAUCGUCCCCAUUUUGGCUUGCCUGAUCAGCCUGUGCCUCUGCAUUGCUGGCCUCAAGUGGGUCUUUGUGGACAAGAUUUUUGAGUAUGACUCUCCUACCCACCUCGACCCCGACAGGAUCGGACAAGAUCCCAUCACUGCUGUGGAUCCAACUGCACUGUCUGCCUGGGUGCCGUCUGUGGUGCAAACUUCAUACUUAACAGUGCCUACCAGUGAAGUUGAGGUUGAGGUUACCGGGCAGGUGGAUGGGUCCCUAGUUCCCUCCAAGGCUGCUCCUCAGUCAUCGCCGCUCAAUAGUGUUUUAGGUUCUAAUUUCUUACCCUCCUUGGCACCUUCCUUACCUCCAUUGAGCUUGGAACCGGAGCUGAAAAGAGCCACGACAUAUUCUGUGGCAGAAGAAGCAGAAACUAAUAUCCAAACAGCUUCGCCGAAACUUGCCACAUCUACAUCCACUACUGGGACCAGUCAUCUCACAAAAUGUGAUGUGAAUAAGAAAGGCUUCUGUGUGAACGGUGGCGAGUGCUUCAUGGUCAAAGACCUGCCAAACCCACCAAGAUAUUUAUGCAGGUGCCCAAAUGAAUUUACUGGUGAUCGCUGUCAAAACUACGUUAUGGCCAGCUUCUACAAGCAUCUUGGGAUUGAAUUUAUGGAAGCUGAGGAACUUUACCAGAAAAGGGUGUUGACCAUAACUGGCAUCUGCAUUGCUCUCCUUGUGGUUGGCAUCAUGUGUGUGGUGGCCUACUGCAAAACCAAGAAACAGCGGAAAAAGUUGCAUGACCGCCUUCGGCAGGGCCUUCGAUCGGAACGGAAUCAUAGGGUCAACAUGGCAAACGGGCCUCACCAUCCUCACCCGCCACCAGAAAAUGUCCAGCUGGUCAACCAAUAUGUAUCUAAAAAUGUAAUAUCCAGUGAGCAUGCUGUCGAGAGGGAAACAGAGACAUCGUUUUCUACAAGUCACUACACCUCAACGACCCACCACUCCACAACAGUCACUCAGACACCCAGCCACAGGCUCUUUAUCAGUUGGAGCAACGGCCGGACCGACAGCAUCAUCUCCGAAAGCCACUCAGUGCUUGUGAGUUCCUCGGUGGAGAACAGCCGGCAUGCAAGCCCGACAGGCCCCCGAGGGCGCCUUAACGGCAUUGGAGGGCUACGAGAAUGCAACAGUUUCCUCAGGCAUUCACGAGACACCCCCGAUUCCUAUCGUGAUUCACCUCACAGUGAAAGGUAUGUAUCCGCUAUGACCACACCAGCUCGCAUGUCACCUGUAGAUUUCCACACUCCGAGUUCUCCAAAGUCACCUGCUUCAGAAAUGUCUCCACAGGUCUCCAGCUUAACAAUGUCUGUCCCUUCUGUGGCAGUCAGUCCGUUUAUAGAAGAGGAGAGGCCUCUCCUUCUUGUGACACCACCCCGGUUGCGGGAAAAAUACGAGCAUCACAUACAACAGUUCAGCUCCUCUUACCACCACAAUCCUGUUCAUGAAAGCAACAGUCUCCCGCCGAGUCCUUUGAGGAUAGUGGAGGAUGAGGAAUAUGAAACUACACAGGAAUACGAACCUGCACAGGAGCCCCCAAAGAAACUAGUCAACAGUCGGAGGGCAAAAAGAACAAAGCUCAAUGGCCACAUUUCCAACAGGUUGGAAAUGGACACCGACACGAGCUGUGAGAACAGUAGCUCAGAGAGUGAAGCAGAAGAUGAAAGGAUAGGAGAAGACACACCUUUUCUACUGAAUGCCACGGCAGCCGACCUAGAAUCAGCUACUGCAUACCGGCUGGCCGACACCAGGACUAACCAAACCAGCCGGUUCUCCACACAAGAAGAACUGCAAGCAAGAUUGUCCAGUGUAAUAGCUAACCAAGACCCCAUCGCUGUAUAAAAAAAAACAUUUUAAACAAAAAAAACCCACAUAGAUUCACAUGUAAAACUUUAUUUUAUAUAAUGAAGUACUCCACCUUUAAAUUAAAACAAUUUAUUUUAUUUUAGCAGUUCCGCUACUAGGACUUUAAAAAAAAAACCACAGGAAAAAAAAACUUUUAUAAAUUAAAUAUAUAAUGUAUAUAUAAAAGUGUUAUGUGCCAUAUGUAGCAAUUUUUUUACAGUAUUUCAAAAAUGAGAACGAUAUCAAUGGUGCCUUUAUGUUACGUUAUGUUCAGAGCAAGUUUUGUAAAAGUUACAAGUGAUUGCUGUUCCACAGUAUUGCGCAGAAGUGUCCAACAUUCUGGGUUGUUCCCCUUCCUUACCCCCGCACCCUAUCCCUGGUUCUCUCUUUUUGUUUUGUUUUUUGCAAUGGGUUAAUGGAGACUAGCUAUACAAUUGGCUAUUGCAACAGUCCCUGUGUUUGCUUCUUUCAGCCCCCGGUCAAAAUGCCCUGUACUGUCAUUACCUUUAUCUUCACACAAAAGGUUUUUUUGACACAAUCUGGGGUUUGUCUGCUUUCUGACAGAAAAGAGCCUUGUUUAAGGAGACUUGAGAAAAUGGCAAAUCCAAUACGAUGCUAUUAUUUACAGCAAGGGGAAAGGGGCACAAAACUACAUUAACCCUCAAUAGAAUUGUAAGUUUAUUAUAAUCAGAGAAGAAACAGCUGGAAAUUACAGGGCACUAGUCGUUUUUCUUUUCUCCCCAAAGGUUUUGUUUUUGUAAUUUCAUUUCUUAGAAAAAGUUAAGGAUUGCCCGGUCUGUAAAAACCAAGGGGACACUGGCAAGGAAUGAGAUCAACAGUGGCACAACAGACGUCUUGACACCUUCCAUUUAUGUGUAGUGCGAUUUGUGUGUGGGAAUCUCCCACUGGAUUGUGCCCACAAUAUCUGUUCAUUUUGGUUUCUGGGUAUUGGUAAAAUAGUAGAGAAUUUUUUUAAAAAAAAUCACUGAUAAAAAUGUAAUAAUUUUGGCCCAUAUUUUCUAAUAGUUGCUUUUUUUGCUUCUAAAACAAAGGGGAAGUUUAAGAAUGUGAUCUGGCUUAACUAAUUUUAAAAAAUCUUGUUCUUCCUUCAAGGAACUGAAGUCAGCAAUUACGUGCUUUAAAAGAGCAUUUUAAAGUUAUUUUAAUGGGAGAGAUGGGACUUUAGUGCUUCAGUCUGGCUAGAUUAUGCCUGAAAUCUCUGUUACCAAUACAGCUUCCACAUAAAAGGAACAAAAAAGGGCUAAAGUGAGCUCCGUGGUUACAGCUGAUCAGUUAGUUUCACAAAUGAUGAUCGAUACUGCUUUUUAUUUAAAUAACUAUGUUUUGUUAAUGUAAACAAAUAUAUUCAAUCUGUUGGGCUCCUAUCAUGCAUGGGUUUUGUUACGAAUAUGCAUGUGGCCACUGAUUAAACUAAAAUGCUAUCCUUCCAAGAAGCAAGUUAGAGAACCAAAUGAAAUGCGAUAGUGGAAGACCCAUUUAAAAAAAAAGAAAACAAGUCUGCCCAGUCACAUAUAAAAAACAGUAGGUAGAUCUGCUUUGAUUUGUAGAGCAAAGUGGUGCUCAGCUGAAAGGAGAUGAAUUGUCCCCCUGGCUACUGUUCAUUGCCCCCAUAAUCUUACCACCAAGUGCUUUUCUUCUAGUAGAACUCACCUCUGAAAUCAGAACUCAGCUGAGGAGGAAACUGUAUGCAAGUAAGCCACAGGCAAGGGGACCAUUUUGUAUCCUCCCAUCCAUAUAUGUUCCUUCCUCUUAAAAAUUGGGCCACUCACACCCUGCUUUGUGUGGGCCACUGCGAGUAGCAGAGGGCUGGACUAGGUGGACUCUGGUCUGAUCCCGCAGGCUCUUUAUUAUGUUCUUAUGACACUGGAAUUGACCUGGAUUUAAAUAAAGGGGUCUGCCAUCUCGCUUGACUCACAGGUCCCAGUCACAAGAUUAUUGCUGCUUCUAGUUCGCAAGCCAAUAACCAUCCACCUUGGACUCAAGUUCAGAUCAGAUCAGGGAGCGUCUCUUAUUUAUUUUGUUUAACUUCGCAGUAAGUGGCGAAGACUUGGGCUAUACUUUUUUUAUGAAUGAAAAAUAAGAUUGGAUGCGCUGAAGUGCCUGAAGUUCAGAAGACUCUGUUGGGAAAAUGAUACGGUCUGUACUUCGAGGCUAGGAGGUUGCAUUUAGUUAACACAAAUAUAUAUAUAUAUAUCAGCAUCAGACCUUGCAAUCCCCAGCUAUCCUAAAUUGGGGGAUGUAGCAAAACUGUGGUUUAAGGUUUGCAGUCCUAAUCUUAUUUCCUAAAUGGAUUUUGAAGGGUGUGCUUUUUGAGGCAGUUUGCACAUGACUGGUAAGUGUUGAGAGAGGCUGCAUUGCAGAAUAAUUAAUGGGUUUGCUUCUCCUGUUAUGUAAUUCAUGUGAGCAUAAGCUUGAGGUUUUCAUUACAUCAGAGUGACUUCAAGCGCAUGCUUAAUGCAUCACUGAGUAUUGGCUGCUGAUUCUGAACCUCAAAACGAGAUGUUUCUAGUAUAAUUAUCAAUAUCCUGGGAUUAAAUGGAACUGUCCUUCUUUGCUGGUGAAAAUCUGAUUUCUAAAGGCAGAGCAGAGCUCUGGUACUAAGAAAACUAACACUGUUCUUCAUCCAUGGAUUUUGAAAUCUAUAUCCCAUAGGAACUGGUUAAUACAUUGGGAAAGUGAGGGGGAAAAGCAGGGACAUUCUCUUUCUUCUCUGUGACAUGGGCCCCUUCCGCACACACAAAAUAAUGCGUUUUCAAACCACUUUCACAACUGUUUGCAAGUGGAUUUUGCUAUUCUGCACAGCUUCAAAGAGCACUGAAAGCAGUUUGAAAGUGCAUUAUUUUGCAUGUGCAGAAUGAGCCAUGGAGUCUCAGCAUCUUGUGAUACUACUCCAGUGCCUGAAAUUGAAUCCUUGGAAAUGAAUUUCCUUCCCAUUCAUCUCUCUUCAGCCUCCGCCUAUUUUCACUACAAUUCAAGGAAAUGAAGUGAUCCCAGUGUGUUGUGCAUCCAUAGGCUAGCCCGGGGUGUCCAACUCUGGCACCCCAGAUGUUCAUGAACUACAAUUCCCAUCAAUCCCUGCCAGCAUGGCCAAUCGGACACCCCUGGGCUAGACUAAUAUAUGUAUUUGAGAGAUAGGAAUAAUCUAAACUGGUGAUGGAUAACGCUUAAUCCGCUUGACUGAACAGAUGAAAUUAUCACAGGUCACAAGGAUACAAAGCUAGUUCUCUGGGAGGAUGUCUGGAUUGUGCGCAAUAAAUGCAACCAUGUCCUGUGCAGUUUUAUGAAAGACUGCAAACUUACAUUACUAGGUUACAAUAUACUUCAGAAUUCUCCACUCUUUUCUCCUCCUUCCUCUCUGUAUUCGUUAGUUUUAUUUUGGCACAAUCUACCAGGGAGAUUACUGCAAAUCAUUCUAUUUCCAUGUCACUGCUUUUCCAUUUACUCUUCCAAAAUUAGGGGUGGACCCAUAGAGGGCAUUCUCACGUGCCCUCUUCUGUGCUAUAGCGCACAACCGCAAGUGCAGAGUGCAGCAGUCCCAAAAUAGCAGUCAUGUGCAGAAGGAUGUGUUGUUGGAGCCUUUCAUGGCCAGAAUCAGUGGGCUCUUGUAAGUUUUCUGGACUGUGUGACCAUGGUCUGGUAGUUUCUGCUCCUGGCGUGUCCUCUGCAUCUAUGCCUGGCAUCUUAAGAGGCAUGUCAUGGUGAGAUAUAUUUAUCAAUGAAACAGUACGGUGUGACUGCAUGGUGAGUUAUAUCACUUUGUACUGUGUCAGGGAGAGAUAUACAUCUCACUGCGAUGUGCCUCUGAAGAUGCCAGCCAUAGAUGCAGAUGAAACGUUAGGAGCAGAAACUACCAGGCCAUGGCCACACAGUGUGGAAAACCUACAACGGCCACCUACAACAAUGGUUUGUACUUACAUCUGUCCACCAAUCUUUGCGCUGAGGCUACUACAGUAGGGGAACCAAAUGUGCCAAAUCAGCACAUCCAGAAACAGAAGGAAACAAAAACACCCUUAUGACUUUUGUUGGUUACCGGCGGCCACUUGUUUCUCCUAGCGAACUUUGCUAUUCAGAAUGCUGUGAGAUGGCAUCCUUACAUUGAGCCCCUUUCCAUGUCAAGGGAGUCACCAACUGAAACAGCUAAAUGCAUGUUUUACAUUUUAAAGAUAUUGCUUUGUAUUACUGGAGUGUUAUAAUACCUGGUAGCUAACAUCUGUGUGAAGACCAACUAUAUUCAAUGCAAUUGGCAAUGGAAUUGAAAUGUGUAAAUUCUGGGGUUGCAGUUUGCUGUGACUCUUCAACGAAGAAAGGCAUUUGCACGCAGGAGUGCCUCCUCAAAAGGGAAUAUUCUUCCACUCGCUGGGGUGACUAAAGUUCUUAACUUGACAUGUAAUCAAUAUAAAAAAAGUGAGCAGAAAGCUUGAUACCGCUCAUUACAGCUUUUUGUAGACUGCUUUUAACACGUGUUCUACAGUGGGGCAUGAAUGCAAACAGAAAUUUACAGACAGCAAUAUUAUAUGCAAGUGCACAUGGUUCAGUUUUUCUUAACGUUCUUUGGAUUUGUACCUACGAUACAUCGAUGGAUCUACAGAGGCGCUUUCCACAUUUUCAUUUACCAAAUUCGACUUUUCUGUAGUUACAGUGCUUUUUACGAGAUGUUGUAUGGUGUUGUAAUGGAGGAAAGUGGUCUGGUCAAAAAAAAGGCUUACGAAAUAGAGAAAAGGGUGGAUCCAGCUAGCUUUUCUGAAGGAGAAGUCCCUUUUGACCACAAAAAACACUAUGCUGGGCAUCAUGAGAUCUACAUGGACCAAAGCCAUGUGGAAUAAGGGCUUUAGUCAGGAAGAUAACUGCAUGAAAUCACUGGCGGGAUCCACCCCAAAUUGUUUUGAGGGCUAAAUAACUUACAUCCAAUGAGAGGGGCAAAGGGGGUUUAGGGAGCAGCGCAGUCUUGCACUGGUACGUUUGCAUUCCCCAGGGCACUUAACAUGAUAGAGAGGGCAGAAGCGCCAACAGCCACCUCUCCUGCAGCCCCACCACCACAGAACCUGGAAGCCCAGGUUGCAGCAGGUUUCACUAGUGUCCUGCUCAGAUGCCAGCAAGGGGAGCAGGUGGGGGCAUUCCCAGGGGCCUUCCCAGGGUUGAGGGCCAGGAGUGCAGCGCUCUGGCCCUCAGACUUAUGUCACUAUUUUGGUGGCAUAAUUCCUGUAAGGCCUAUGGGCUGUUUGGCAGUGGUGGUGGGGUUUGUGGUCUUUUCUGAGCUCCCUGGGCUGCUGGAAAACCCUCUUAGAGCCAGUGGGACGGCACAGCAUUAGCGCCACACACCCUGUCUCCCAUGUUUGGACGGGUCUGCCUGUGCCUAAAAUGGAAAUAAUACUGACACAUCUUCAGCGUGGCCCAUGAGUUAAAUCUCUUUAGAUUUUGAGGGGCUAACAAGAGAGGAAACACGUGGAUAAUCCUUCAAAAUAUUUUACUAAUUUUAAGGAUUUGUAAAGAAGCUAAAGAGGUGCUUUUCCUGUAUCUCUAAAGGUCUU